AAUGGAUUAAUCUACAUCAAUUUUGAAUCUUAAAAGGGAAAAAUUUAGAACUGUCAUUAGAAAAGAGUUCAUUGAAUAAUAACUCAAAAAAAAAAGAAUCAUUAUCCCUCAAGAAGAAGAUAAUGAUUUGAAUGAUAAACUUAAAAUUAUCAAAAAUUAAAUGAUUGCCAUUUAAGAAAAUAUUGAAAACGAUUUUUAAAAGGCUAUGAUUAAAUAUUAUGAUUACUUAGUAGACAAAGAUCUCAUGAAUGAAUUACUACUCUAAUUUGAAUUCAAUUUUUAACAAAACUAUAGAAUCACUAUCUAUUGGAUUCUUUGCAAUCUCACUUUAGGGGAUAAAAUUGGUGCUAGAUUUCUAUUCGAUACAAAUUUUGAUUUUUUAAAAAUACUCUAUACCGAUAUUAAAAAUCCAAUUUACAAUGAAUAUGUUCUUGAAAUCAUUCAAAAUUUACUUGCAGAUUAUGAUAUCGAUGUUUUUGAAUAUUUAAUGAGAGAUGAUGAAUUGUUACUUAUCCUAAAUAAUAACAUUAGCAUUAUUUAAGAAGAAACCUAUAAAAAAUUAUUAGUGCAUAUUUGCGUUAAAAUUGUUGAAUUCAAAUCAAUAUUGAGUAAUUAUCUAGUAGAAACUUUGUGUUAUAUGAUGCCACAAUAUAUUGCAUUUUAAUGUACAUAUAUUCUAACAUCAAGAAUGGAAUUUAGUGAUCAUCAUUUAAUUCUUCAUGCUAUUCGAUUUUUGCUAAAAAAUGAAGACAAUCUUACUUCAAUAAUUUUAAGGAUUUUAUAAGAAAUUAAGGAUCACUAAUUACUAUAUCAAAUAUUUUCAUAAAAAGAAAUUAAUAAUUUUAUUAGUAAUUUGUUUUUGACAACAAAUAAUUCAAAUUGCAUUAAAUCUUUAUUAAUUUUAUUUAGUAAUGUAGUUGAAUUAGAAGAUAUUUAAUUUUAUAUUUGUUAGAAGGAUAUUUUGAAUUAUAUGAUAAAAAUUUCAUUGGAUACUGAAUUUACUGAAGAAUCCUUAAAUGUUUUAGAAUUUCUAAUGUAAGAUGAUGAAUUUUUGUAUGACUAUCCUUAAAUUGUAGAUGAAAAAUAUUAUACUUCUUAAUUGUUAAAUUUGAAUGUAGAAAAUCUAAAUAUUUCAAUUGCUAUUUUAAAAUAUGUUAAAAGAAUAUUAGAAUUUGGAGAUACGAUAAGGGAUGAUAUGUAUUAAAAUAUAUUUGCUAAAUACAAAAAUAAGGUAAAUAAUAUAUUUAAUAAUAAGAUAGAAUUUUUGUUUAUGUCUUAAAAUGAAUAUCUAUCAAAUUUAGCAAAAUAGUUACUUUUAUGCUAUGAUUGA